AUGAACAAGAAUUCAAAAGAAGUUGAUCAAUUUCCAUUGAAACAAGAGAUUCACCAAAACUCAAAUGAUCAACAAGAAAAAGAAAAGGCUUCAUCGUCAUCGUUAAACUCGUUAUCUUCAUCGCAAUGGCCGAGAUUGAAAGAUCCAAGAAUUGUUAGAGUUUCAAGAGCCUUUGGUGGAAAAGAUAGACAUAGCAAAGUUUGCACUAUAAGAGGAUUAAGAGAUAGAAGAAUAAGGCUUUCGGUUCCAACAGCUAUUCAACUUUAUGAUCUUCAAGAUAGGUUAGGGCUUAAUCAACCUAGUAAAGUUGUUGAUUGGUUACUUAAUAUUGCUAAACAUGAGAUUGAUCAACUUCCACCUUUACCUAAUUUUCCACCUCUAGGAACAAAUUUCAACUUCGGUUUUCCUUAUCCGUCUAACGAAUCAAUCACCAUCGCCAACACGGACGCAAACACUUCUCAAACUCAUCAACACUUGUUGAAUUUCAAUAGGGGUAACAAUAUUCAUUGGGACGGUUCGUCUUCUAGCCAUGAAUCGAAAGAGGUUUCGAGAGAAAUGGUUAUGGAAAAAGGAAAUUAUUGGAUGAAUAAUAGAAGUACUAGUACUCAAGAAGAGGAAAAUGUUAACACAAAACAAGGUAGUAACAAUGUUGAUGUUGAUGUUGAUGUUCCUAGUGCAAUUGUUUUACCUAAUAGUAACAAUUUCUUGCAAAGACCAAAUCACCCUUCAUUUCUUGGUUUGUUUAAUACUAUGCCAUUUGGUUCUAAUUACAAUUGGGGAGUUUCUUCUUCAAAUGAAGGUUUUGCAAAUCAAGAAGAUGUUAAUGCAAUUACAUCUUUGCCACCUAUGUUGUCUUUAUCAACUGGAAAUUCUUCUCAAAUGUUGUUUGGAACAUCACAAUCAUAUUUUUCUUCAAAUGUCAAUGCAAUGGAGAUGGAACAUCAUCAACAUCAUCAAAGACAAAUCAACAAUCAUUAUCAUCAAAUGCUGAGUUCGUCGAGUUCGCAAAACCCGAUGAAUAAUUCUCUCAACAAUCCAUCUUUCAGUUUGGCCAAAUUUCUACAAAAUUCAUCAAAUAAAGAACAAGGCUUCUCUCCCAAGUGA